AAAUUUACAAAAUCAAAAUCCAAAGAUAUGACAAUGGCAUUAAUGUCUGCGAUUUUCUGUCUACAAUUCAAUGCUACUCUAAAAUUGCUGAUAACACACACUUUCUCUCUCAUCGUCUAGUCAUGUUGUAAGAAACAAUCCUGUGGCUCUGCGGGUUUUCUCUAUUCAUUAAUGACAAAGACCAAGAUUUUUGAGGUUGGUUUCCAUGUCUCCAAGAACCAGAGAUUCCCUUUUUCUUCAAUUUCCAUAUACCCAUUUCUAAUGGCGGGCUUCAUUGGUUUCUGGUUCUAAGGUCUUUUUCUGCAUUUCUUCAUCUCUUUCUUAGAACCCAUUACCUGUGUGUUGGGUGGACCAUGUUUGGCUUCAAGAACUGUUUUCUUUAGUGGUGCGAAGUUUCCAUGAAGAUUUUUGAGUUGGGUUUUCUUCAAACUUGACUCUUUCUAUUUUCAGAGGAACGAGAGAGAUUUCAGAUAUGGAGGGUUACCUUUGCGAGAUUACAGAAAUAAUUUAUGAGCGGAAAAUGACUUUCCUUGAUAUCUAACUUUUUUUUACAGAGAUGGAAAAGAGUAUGGCAACGGAAGGUGAUGGUGUGCUCUUGGAAGUAGUUCUUGUCAAGAGCAGAAAACAGUCCAACAGAAGAGUUUUGAAUGUUAUUUGAAAGCUAAGAUAGAGAGAACUCAGGAAAGUUAGAAAAAGUAGAAGAAGAUGCCAACAGUUUGGCUUUCUCUAAAGAGAUCUCUCCAUUGCAAAUCAGAGCCUUCAGAUGUUCAUGAUCCAAAAGCUAGGAGCCAUUUGAGUUCUAUCUUGACCAAAAAAUCAAGCAGGUCCGGCUGUUCAAGGUCCAUUGCGAACCUAAAAGAUGUUAUCCAUGGGAGCAAGAGACACUUGGAAAGGCCUCCAAGUUGCAGCCCAAGAUCUAUAGGGAGUAAUGAAUUCCUGAACCCAAUAACCCAUGAAGUGAUUCUGAGCAAUUCAAGGUGUGAGCUCAAGAUAACCGGAAUUGGGGGUUUUCAUGAAGGUGGAGGCGGCGGCGGCGGCGGUGGUGGUGGUGGCGGCGACGAGUCAACUUUUGUUGGUACCCUUAGGCCUGGGACACCUGGUCCAGGAGGGCACCUUAACAGGCACUAUUACAACCCUUCUUUUAAGAGCUCAGCUACACCUCCAAGGAAGUCUCCUAGUUUUUUCUCUGAUAGAGAAAGCCCUGCAUUUGGGGGUUCUGCCUUUUCUGGUGGUAUUGGUGAUGGUGGUGGUAUUAUUCAUAGGGCUUCUCAUGGGUCGUCUAUGGUGACUUGCCAUAGAUGUGGAGAGCAGUUUGGGAAGUCGGAAUCCUUAGAAUCACAUCAUCUAUCUAAGCAUGCUGUAACUGAACUUGUUGAAGGAGACUCAUCUAGAAAGAUAGUGGAGAUCAUUUGUCGUGCAAGCUGGUUAAAGUCUGAGAACAACUGCUGGCGGAUUGAGAAGGUUUUGAAGGUCCACAACAUGCAAAAGACCCUAGCUAGAUUUGAAGAAUACAGGGAGAUGGUUAAAAUUAAAGCCAGUAAACUCCCCAAGAAACACCCACGUUGCUUGGCUGAUGGCAAUGAGCUUUUGAGAUUCUAUGGCACUACUGUGGCAUGUUCCCUUGGCAUGAAUGGCUCCUCCAAUCUUUGUACUUCAGAGAAGUGCAGUGUGUGUAGGAUUAUAAGACAUGGGUUCUCAACAAAGAAAGAACUCAAGGGAGGUAUUGGUGUUUUCACAACUUCGACAAGUGGAAGAGCCUUUGAAUCUAUUGAACUCAAUAAAGAAAACCCAUUUAUGAGGAAGGCUUUAGUUGUCUGUAGAGUGAUUGCAGGAAGGGUUCAUAGGCCUUUGGAGAACAUCCAAGGACUAGCAGGCCAAACAGGGUUUGACUCAUUAGCAGGGAAAGUUGGUCUUUAUUCAAAUAUUGAGGAGCUCUAUUUACUCAGCCCCAAAGCUCUUCUCCCUUGCUUUGUGGUAAUCUGCAAACCGUGAAAGGGGAGGCUUUUGUAGAGCCAAGAAAUACAUUAAAGACUAAUGUCAGCCUCUCAGGUCCACCUCUCUCUCUCUCUCUCUCUCUCUCUCUCUCUCUCUAUGUGCCUGUGUUUGUUUGUGACUUCAUUGGUCCUUUUGAAAGAGUUUUCACUUUCACAGUUUCAGUAAAUGCAUGGGUUGUGUCCUCUUGCUGCACUGCAAAUUCUGUUUGGGUCCUCUCCAUGGAUAUGGUUACAAUGUUUGUAUAAAGGUCCCAGUGAGUUAAUAUUGGAUGGGGAUGGUGUGUGAGAUAUGAUGAAACUGAGAAACUGAAGCCUUUUCACAUGGCUGCGGCUUAUGUUGGCCCUUGUUUUGUUCUUCGAAAAUUUAGGAGUUCAAAGGUGCCGUGAAAAAGAGGGAAAACAAAUUUGGAAUUAUAAUUGUCCUGGAUUUCAGCCCACACUGGAGUACUGGACACAACCAGUAACACUGUCGGAUACUCGGAUUAAUCUCUUCUAUACUGAGUUUGUAUUCAAAACCCAAACCUGUUGAACUUUUUGGAAGAAAUCUUUGAAGGAAUCAAACCAUAAUCUACCUCACAAGUCACAAGUUUUGGAAGAAGAAAACAGAGGAAGUAAGAAACUGAUACUGUUACUCAUGAUUCAUCAUCCUAGCUAAAAUUGUAAUUUAGUAUUGGCUUAGAGUGUGAAUAUUACCUUCUUUAUUCAAUCAAGAACAUAAUAGAAUUGCAAACGGGGUUGGUAGCCUA